CUCACAAUAAAUGCUUCUCCUUGGAACCCCAAACCACACCAUUCUCUUCCCUUUUCGAAUGGCGAUAAGGAGCAAAGAUACAGAAGAAGAGAACAAGAGAAUCAACGAGAUCGAUGAACCAGAAGAAGACGAAGACAAGAAGAUGGAGAUGUUCUUCAAUCUCAUAAGAAACUACCAGGAAGCUAGAAAACGAAGACGACAAGAGCUAAUCGAAGAUUCCGGCGAAACUGCUCCGAAUCCGACCAAGAGAUCCGACAACGGAGAAAAAUCCGGCAUUGCCCCUCCUGUGUUCCGCGCCGAGGAUUUCUCUCACUGUAUAGACUUAAACUUAGAGCCAAUUGUCUCAACUGAGGAGGAGAAACAAGAAGAAGAAACAGAGGAGGAGACAAGAGAAGAGAAUGUUUUAGAUCUUAAUCUCGCAUUGUAAUAAUAAUAACAAUUCUCUGUUUUUUUUGUUUGGUGAAUUUUUAAAUUGUUACAAUGCAAUACAUAAAAACAGUGAACUAAUUA